ACCGGCAUUUAAUAGUCCUUCCAAGGAAUGUCGACUUUCUUCUUCUCUUCUCUCUUCUUCCUCUUCCUUGUGGACGCAAACGUGAUUCUUCCGACAUUUUACCCUACAUGUUUGUUUAUUAAUAAAUUAAUUAACAUACCUCUCGUCAUAAACGGGCCAUUUAAUCGCUGUUGAUAAUAAAGUUGGCGGAUUCAAAUUGUUCCAAUCCGGGACCUCCAACCUUCCCGGAAGCGGGAGAGCGAGGUUCGCGCGCUGCGGCGGCCGCCUCAGAGGCAGCGGGAGGCGGCGAGCUGAGCGGCGGGUGAGGCGGUGCCGCGGAGCCGGAGGACGUCAUGGAGAUGCUUCGCCGCUCCUCCGUGUUCGCCGCCGAGGUGUUCGACCGCUCGCCCACCGACAAGGAGCUGGUGUCGCAGGCCAGGGCGCUCUGCCGGGACUACAUCCAGUCCAGGCUGAGCCGGGCGGGGGUCGGAUGGUCCAAGCCUGAGCCCACCAAGCUUGCUUCUUCUUGGGGGACGCAGGGGGAGGUCUCGGCGGUGCUCCUGUGGCUAGGUGACGAGCUGGAGUACCUGCGCCCCAACGUCUACCGCAACGUGGCGCGGCAACUCAACAUCACGGUGGCGUCGGAGAGCGCCGUGUCGGACGCCUUCCUGGCAGUGGCGGCGGACAUCUUCUCCACAGGCGUGACGUGGGGGAAGGUGGUGUCCUUGUACGCCGUUGCCGGAGCGCUGGCGGUGGACUGCGUUCGCCACGGCCACGCGGCCAUGGUGAACACCAUCGUGGACUGCAUGGGGGAGUUUGUCCGCAAGAGUCUAUCCACCUGGUUGAAGCGCCGCGGCGGAUGGGCAGACCUGACCAAGUGCGUGGUGAGCGCCGACGCCGGUUUCCACUCCCACUGGCUGAUUUCCUCGCUGUGCACCCUGGGACACUACGUCAUGGCCCUGGUCUUGUACCUUCUCAGGGAGAAGUGAGAGGCCAAAAGCCUCGUGGCCAUCUUUGGAUGGCGUUUACACUUAUUUGCACUGAGCCCUCAUUACGGCACGCACACCUCUCCUUGCUUCCAGUCUCCGCUUUUCUAUUUAUUGUCAAUUGUAGUAAUAUGGGCUUCACGGUGGCAGAGUGGUUAGUGCGUCUGCCUCACAAUACAAAGGUCCUGCAGUCCUGGGUUCAAAUCCAGGCUCGGGAUCUUUCUGUGUGGAGUUUGCAUGUUCUCCCCGUAAAUGCGUGGGUUCCCUCCGGGUACUCCGGCUUCCUCCCACUUCCAAAGACAUGCACCUGGGGAUAGGCCCCUCCCACCUCCAAAGACAUGCACCUGGGGAUAGGCCCCUCCCACCUCCAAAGACAUGCACCUGGGGAUAGGUUGAUUGGCAACACUAAAUUGGCCCUAGUGUGUGAAUGUUGUCUGUCUAUCUGUGUUGGCCCUGCGAUGAGGUGGCGACUUGUCCAGGGUGUACCCCGCCUUCCGCCCGAUUGUAGCUGAGAUAGGCGCCAGCGCCCCCCGCGACCCCGGAAGGGAAUAAGCGGUAGAAAAUGGAUGGAUGGAUGUAGUAAUAUGCCACACCACUUGUUAAAAAGUCGACAUUUUUGUUGAAUUUCUUAUGUUUGCAACAGCUCUUCUCGAACUGCCUAUUUUGCUGCUUCACCUCGUCGUCAAGUCUGUUUGGUAAGAAUUAAAGGACGGGGUCUUCCCGUGCCUGACAUUUUGUCUAAAAUUGCUAUGCUGUAUUGACUUAAUGCACUUUUAUUGUACGACAUCACCUUUGGUUUGUCACGUCGCAUCAACAGCCCUGAAAAUGUAUCCGCCUUGUCUGCACAUUUGUGUUUAUUAAUAGCCUUGAAUAAAAGCUGGUAUUGGAACAAAAAAA